CGGUGACGUAACGGACCCGCGCCGGAAGAAAUGCGUGCGCCACGCGCCGCGCUUCCGGCACUGCAUCUCCGGCAAGUGGGUCGUGGAGGCGGUGGCGGUAGGGGCGACAGGGAAGUGCCUUUUUAAACACAAAUGGGUGAUGAAAAGGAAUCUUGGAAAGUGAAAACGUUAGAUGAAAUUCUUCAGGAGAAGAAACGUCGCAAAGAGCAAGAGGAGAAAGCAGACAUAAAGCGCCUCAAAAAUUCUGAUGAUCGGGACUCGAAGCGCGAUUCCCUUGAAGAGGGAGAGCUGAGAGAUCACCGCAUGGAGAUAACUAUCCGGAAUUCACCUUACAGGAGGGAAGACUCUAUGGAAGACCGGGGAGAGGAGGACGACUCCCUGGCAAUCAAACCCCCCCAGCAAAUGUCACGGAAGGAGAGGGCACACCACAGAAAAGACGAGAAGAGGAAAGAGAAGCGCCGUCAUCGCAGUCACUCGGCAGAAGGGAAGCAUGCUAGGGUGAAAGAGAAGGAGCGCGAGCAUGAACGUAGGAAAAGGCACCGCGAAGAGCAGGAUAAGGCCCGCCGUGAAUGGGAGAGGCAGAAAAGGAGGGAAUUGGCUAGGGAGCAUUCCCGGAGAGAGAGGGACCGCCUGGAGCAGCUUGAGCGGAAGAGGGAGCGAGAGAGGAAAAUGAGAGAGCAGCAGAAAGAGCAGCGGGAGAUCAAGGAACGGGAGAGGCGAGCGGAGGAGAGGCGUAAAGAACGGGAGGCCAGACGAGAGAUUUCAGCCCAUCACAGGACAGUGAGAGAAGACUACAGCGAGAAAGUAAGGAUCUGGAGCCGCAGCCCGCUACGACAACAGAGAGAAAAGCUUGAACAAGGAGAAAUCCGAAAGCCAGUGAAAGAAGAAAAGCCAGAAGAGAGAGACCCCCUUUCUGAUCUCCAGGACAUCAGUGACAGCGAAAGAAAAACCAGCUCAGCUGAAACAUCCUCAGGGGAAUCUGGAUCCGGUUCGGAGGAGGAGGAAGAAGAGGAGGAGGAGGAAGAGGAGGAGGAGGAGGAGUCCAGCAGUGAAGAGUCAGAAGAAGAGGAAGAGGAGGAGGAAGAGGAGGAGGAGGAGACAGGAAGCAACUCUGAAGAAGUGACUGAGCAGUCAGCUGAAGAGGUGAGCGAAGACGAAAUGAGCGAAGAAGAAGAGCGGGAGAACGGAGACCACCUCCCAGUAGUUGCAGAGUCGAGGUUUGACCGGGAUUCCGUGGGAAGCGAAGGAGAGGAAGAAGACGCUGGCGAGGGGACCCCGCAAUCCAACACGAUGACAGAGGGCGAUUACCUUCCUGACUCACCUGUGUCAUCACCUGUGGAGCUGAAGCAAGAGUUGCCUAAGUAUCUGCCCGCCCUUCAGGGUUGUCGUAGCGUUGAGGAAUUUCAGUGUCUAAACCGGAUCGAGGAGGGAACGUACGGGGUGGUGUACAGAGCAAAAGACAAAAAAACAGAUGAGAUUGUGGCGCUGAAGCGGCUGAAGAUGGAGAAGGAGAAAGAAGGUUUCCCCAUUACUUCUCUAAGGGAGAUCAACACCAUCUUGAAAGCCCAGCACCCAAAUAUCGUCACUGUUAGGGAAAUUGUCGUUGGCAGCAACAUGGACAAGAUAUAUAUUGUAAUGAAUUACGUGGAGCACGAUCUCAAGAGCCUCAUGGAAACGAUGAAACAGCCGUUCUUGCCAGGGGAAGUAAAAACCUUGAUGAUUCAACUGUUGCGAGGUGUCAAGCAUCUUCACGAUAACUGGAUUCUUCAUCGAGACUUGAAAACCUCCAACCUGCUAUUGAGCCACGCUGGCAUCUUAAAAGUUGGAGACUUCGGGCUGGCCCGAGAGUACGGAUCACCUCUGAAGCCGUAUACCCCCGUCGUGGUGACAUUGUGGUACAGGGCGCCUGAGCUGCUACUUGGAGCCAAGGAAUAUUCCACAGCCAUCGACAUGUGGUCCGUGGGUUGCAUAUUCGGAGAGCUGUUAACCCAGAAGCCGUUGUUUCCAGGGAAGUCGGAGAUUGACCAAAUUAACAAAGUUUUCAAGGAUCUGGGAACCCCCAGUGAGAAAAUCUGGCCUGGGUAUAACGAGCUGCCGGCAGUGAAAAAGAUGACGUUCACGGAAUAUCCUUACAACAACCUCCGCAAGCGGUUUGGGGCACUCCUCUCAGACCAGGGAUUUGAUCUCAUGAAUAAGUUCCUUACCUACUACCCGGGCAGAAGGAUCACUGCUGAAGACGGCUUGAAGCAUGAAUAUUUCCAGGAGACACCGCUGCCUAUCGAGCCAUCCAUGUUUCCGACGUGGCCAGCAAAAAGUGAACAGCAGCGAGUGAAACGUGGGACGAGUCCACGGCCGCCAGAGGGGGGCUUAGGAUACAGUCAGCUGGGUGACGACGACCUGAAGGACACCGGCUUCCAUCUUACGACCACAAACCAAGGGGCAUCAGCCGCAGGACCAGGCUUCAGUUUGAAGUUCUAAAGCGUAAGGCGAAGCAGUGCAGGAAGGAGAUGGGGAGAAGCCAGAGGAGAAGCGAACACUUUGCUUUUCUGCUCAAGCCGUUGGCAAGUGCGUUAACAGGCACUCG